AUGGACUCGACGACCUUGACUCCGCUGCGGAAGCGUGUCGCCUCAGAUCCGUCGGAAUCGCCGAGCCCGGUGAAGCACCGUCGUUAUAUCAUCUCAACUCCGCUCGAUGCCUGCAUGAUCGACACGCCUCUUGGUAGUUCAGAGUUCCAUACUAUGAUCGUGCAGAAUUCAAGAAGUCCACCACUCUGCCUCGAUGACCUCCCUGACGAGAUACUCCUCCUCAUAUGCCAGAAUCUGUCCGAAGACCUCAAAGGACCUGGGUAUCGAAAGAACACACUGGCAAGUUUGUGCCGUACCAACAAGCAUCUAAACCGGAUUGCGACCGAGUUGAUGUACGCGUGUGUGGACUAUCGUCUGCCCGGAAAUGCUGGUAUGGUACAGACUCUGACCAAAAGCCCGAGACUGGCCGAGCUUGUGAAGAAGAUUAAGUUUCGUCUCCAUGACGACGGGUUUGUGUUCAAUACACCCAUAAUGGAUCGACAGUACAGUCGUGUCCUUCAGUUAGCUACGAAUCUCCAACAUCUCUUAAUCUCCGACCACUGCAACGUUAGGCAAGAUCACGAUCCUGUUACAAGCCAGCCGCAAUGGCUAAAUAUGUUCAAUCAAGCUGCACGCGGCAUUCCCAACCCGUGUGUGAGUAGGUUCACAAACCUCCAGUCCCUCAAUCUCGCUGUCGAUUGUGGAUUUAUGGCCGCAGACGUCUCUUUCGUAUUUCGCCUGCCAUCACUUCGGGCCUUGUCAUUGAGGCUACUUCUUGGACCAGACAAGAUUGACGACUGGAGCGUACCAGAAGCAAGCUCCAACAUCCGAUAUCUUCAGCUAAGUUCAUGUUUCCUGGACAGCGCAGUGGUUGCACAACUACUUUCGUCCAUCAAAGCACUUGAAUCCUUCGACUACGAAUACACCACUAGCAACUGGCAGCCGCUGGGUCAAGGAAACAACCCGCACACGCAUUGGGCAGAGAGCGUUUGGGACGAGAUCGGUGACGGACUGCGCAAACACCAAGAUUCCCUGGUCUUGCUGAAACUUCAGGCACACAUGGACAGUGACAUCUUAAAGAUGGUCUACCCUGAUGGUCGGGACAUCCGGACGCUGGGCUCUCUCAAGGAAUUUCAUCAGUUGAAAGUUCUGGCUUGUCAGCUCGAGGCUUUGAUCCAUGUACAACACGAAACCGACUUGGCACAGAAGCUUCCCGAUGGCCUCGAAAAGCUCCUCUUGGAGAUCGAGCCGUCAGAAGAGGAUUGCCACCUCCAUCGUCGUGCUCUGAUAUCCCUCAAAGAUGGAAUCUUCACUAAACCCAAGAAGGAAUUCAACGCAUCUUUGUACACCAACAUUUCCGUCGGCCGCUUCCAUUUCUCCGAUACUUUUGACAUCCUGACACAAGCCGGUAUUGGUAUCAAUAUACUUGUAGAGACGGAUGAAGAGUUAAAAGUCUUGACGUUGGAGGAUUUGCGAGAGAUGGAAGAUGAAGAGGAUAACGACGGCUGUAUGACGAAGAUAAUCUGGAGGAGUUCGAAGAGACGAACAAUAGCGAAAUGAAACACAAAGCACAAGGUCUCGAGACUGAUGAUGGUGGUGGAGGAGUUUUCGCAAAGCAAUUCUGGCAUUUAUCAUGGACCACGGAGUCUCAUGUGUAGUGUGCUUUCAGGACAGGCAUAGCAGUUGUUUGAUGUGGUACCGGCGGUAGUUGUUUGUGGAAAGCGGUUCGGUAGGUUUUGGUGGUGAUCUGUAU